CCCGCCGCGGCCCCCCGCCCCCCAAGCACAUGCGAGUGUUGGAAUCUAAAGCUACCAAAGAAGCUGAAAGAAAACUAAGCAGGGAAUUGGUGCAAGAGGAGGAAGAACAGUUGAUGGAAGAAAAGAAAAAGAGGAAAGACGACAAGAGAAAGAAAGAAGCUGCUCAGAAGAAGGCCGCAGAACAAAAAAACAAAGCAGCAUCAGAACCAACAAAGCCCAGUGUAAGCCAGCCACUACUUGUUGCCUCCAUUAACAGUACUUCCACAGCAACCAACACGGUUGGUGGCAAUAAUAAUGUUAAACGUGCUGUGGGCAACAAUCAGCAGCAAGCACAGCAGCAGUCCUCACCUCGCUACCCACCUCGUGAAGUACCACCACGGUUCCGGCACCAGGAGCAGAAGCAACUCUUGAAGCGAGGGCAGCCGAUACCAGGGAUUGCUGCAAACCUGGGGUCAACAUCUAAACUGCUGAUCAGCCAGUCAGAAGCGAGCACAGUAACUAGUGAGGAACCUGCAGCUGGUGGUGAAUUGCAGAAGAGCAGCAAAACCCAACCAGAUCUGAACCACAGCACACUUGGAUCCCAUUAUGAGAACUCUCACUGGGGACCAGUCUCUUCCAGUAGUGACUCCAGCACAAACUGGGAUAAAGUUAUUGUAGACGGCUCAGACAAGGAGGCAUGGCCCUCAAUCACCGGCAGUGACUUGGAGCUGGCUUCAGAAUGUAUGGACGCUGACUCUGCCUCCAGUUCUGGGUCAGAAAGGAACCUUCUUAUCAUGGCCUCCCGGGGCCCGGGCAGCGAAGUCAACAGCCUAAGGAAUGGCAUUGGACACGGUUCUCAGACCAAGUUUGUCAACGGUAGCAACAGCAAUAAUGUGGGCAAUGGAAGCAUUGCCAGGUCCUGGGGCGUGUCUCUUGGUGCUGUGAGGAGCACCUGUCAGAUUUCUGCAGAUGUUUCUAAUGGCAUUUCCGAAAGUAGCAACAAUAGAGUGAAUUCUUGGGGCACCCUCAAUUCAUCCAAUGGAGAAUUAAAUCCCAGCACUUUGUGUUCAAAUGGCCACUGUGGUGCCUGGCCUGCCUUGGAAAACAAUGGGCAUGCCCUGAAAGGGCCCGGAGGAAGCAGCAGCUGCAGCACAGGAGUAAGCCAAGUGGUGAACAAUCAGAGCAUGAACUCUAGCCUUGGCAGCUCCUGGGGCAGCCUCCAGGAAAACUGUGAUUCCCAAGUAAAUGGUACAAGGAAGGUUUCGCGUACUGGGCAACCUCAAAACCCUAACUCUGAAGUGAAUGGACCAAAUAAUAACACUACUAACUUUAUGACCUCUAGUUUACCAAACCCUGCUGGUUCGAUGCAGAUGACUGAACCGGCUAGUAGUAAUACAGGACCUGGGACCUGGUGCCUGAAUGCCAAGAGCAAUCGGUCUCAGCCCCAGGCCUCUCCAAUAAUAAACGGCACUUCUGUUUUGCACCUGAGCAAUGGUGAAGCAAAAAAUGGUGGGACUCCAGGUACUAUGUGGGGUGCCUAUGGCCCCAUUUACUCUAGAGACACCUCUUCAGACUCCAACAGCCACGCCAAUAAUGACACUGUGAAUGCAACUCUAAUGCACCCUGGGCUCAGCGGGUCCAGGAGCUCUCACUUUGAAAUCAGUGGGGAUAAAGGAGCGGGGACUUGGGAGGGGGCAGGGGUGGGCAACACCCAGAAUGCUCCAUGGGUGGGUGGAAUUGGAACGGGCUCUGGAGAAGCCCGGAGGGGUCCUGCCCAAAACACCAACUUAGCAGAUGGAGAAUGGAACAAACUGCCAAGUAAUCAGCAUUCUUCCGAGGGCACCAGUGGGAACAUCAAGAAGUUUACAAAUGUGUGGAAAUCUGCGGAAGAGGAGAAUGCUGGUGUUGACAUCCAGAAUUUCCCAGCCACUCAGAUCCUGGAGCAGAAUGGUGGAUGGACUAAGACAAGUACUGGGGAUAGUGAAGGCAGCACCGAGAACCCUGAGGAGCAAGCCACUUCAGAUGGGAUAAGCCGUGAAAGAAGGAAAGUUGACCAGCAGGCCUUGCUCCAAAGUAUAGUGAACAGAACGGAUUUGGAUCCACGGGUCCUUUCCAAUUCUGGUUGGGGACAGACUCCAAUCAAACAAAACACUGCCUGGGAUACAGAGAUGUCUCCAAGAGGGGAAAAGAAGGCAGACAAUGGGACAGAGGCCUGGGGGGGCUGUGUGGUCCAGGCCUGCAGCUCAGGGGGUGUUGUGGAGCGGCCCAGCCUAAAUGGCAACAAGGCUUCGUCUGGGCCAGGGUGGGGUGAUCCCAAAUCUGUUACAAGGUGGGGAGACUCCAAAGUCUCCAGGAGCCAAGGGAGUUGGGAGGAGGGAUCUUCUGCUACUGCACUGGCCAAGGGCAAUCAAUCAUGGGGGAGUAGCAAAGAUGACCGCUCCUCAUCAUCAACUUGGAGUGAUGGAGAAAAGCUGAAACAGGGUUGGGGAGAUGGGCAAAAAGCAAGCCCCGGGUGGGCAGUUCCAGCUGUCGAGGGCUGGGGGGACAACUUGAGAAGCAAUCAUUGGGGUGAGAUGAAGAAGUCUAGUUCUGGCAGUAGUGACAGCGACAGGUCAGCUUCUGGCUGGAAAGAACCAGGCAAAUCUAGCACUGUGCACUGGGCAGGGGGCGCCGGAAACAGCGCCAAGCCAAGCAACGGUUUGGGAUGGGAGGAGCCUGCCAAGCCAAACCAAAGCCAAGGGUGGGGAGAGCCCCCCAAACCAAGUCGUUCUCAGAGUUGGGGGGAGGCAUCCAAAACCCCUGGCUCUCCAGACUGGAACAAGCAACAGGACGUUGGAUGCUGGGGGGCGCAGUCUGCUGCAAGCAAACCGCCAGGUGGAGGAUGGCUGGGGGGGCCCAUGCCGGCACCUGUCAAGGAAGAAGAACCCACUGGGUGGGAGGAGCCGUCCCCAGAGUCAAUUCGCCGCAAAAUUGAGAUCGAUGAUGGAACUUCUGCUUGGGGAGAUCCAAGCAAAUACAACUACAAGAAUGUGAACAUGUGGAACAAGAACACCCUGCAUGGUGUUGGCCGUUCAGACCAGCAAGCACAGGUGCAGCAGCAGGUGCUGCCUUCAAGCGCUGUAACUGCCGUGGAGAGCAGCUCUGGUUGGGGGGAGCCUCCUCCUGCAUCUGCUACUGUAGAUAAUGGCACAUCAGCGUGGGGUAAGCCUGUCAACACUGGUACAAGCUGGGGAGAGUCCAUUGGUGAUACAGUGAGCACCAGUAGCUGGGGGAAUGCAUCCGUUGGGCAACCAACUUCUAAUAAACCCGGACCCAAGUCUAUGCAAGUUCCAGAUGGCUGGUGUGGGGGUGAUAUGCCUUUGACAGGAAGUCAUCAGGCCAGCUGGGAGGAAGAGGAUGAUGUUGAGAUUGGAAUGUGGAACAGCAACUCCGUGCAAGAUGCAAGUGCGUCUUUACACUGGCCCCCUUGCUCAAAGAAACUGCAUUCUAAGGGAACAAUGAAAAACGGAAAUAAGCAAGAUGAAAUGUGGAUAAAUCCAUUUGUGAAGCAGUUUGCAAAUCUUGGCUUUCCUAGAGAAUCGCCGGAAGAAAUGAUGCAGAGCAAUAAGAUGGACAUAUCUGGAGGGAUCUUGCCUGACAAGCGGAUGGAGACAGAGAAGCACAGUCUGAACGUUGGCGAAUACAGCAGGGUGAUAGGGAAAGGCCCAAACUCCCGUCCUCAGAUUCCCAGAGAGUCUUCCGUGGAUCGAAGUCCUUAUUUUGAUAAGGAUGGCCUUGUUGUAGCAGAUGACUCCCAAAACAUGCAGUUUAUGUCCAGUCAGAAUGUGAAGUUUCCCCCUUCCAACAGUGCACUACCUAACCACCCCCUUGGCUCUCUAACAGGGCUUGGCAUGCAAAACUUGAAUUCUGUUAGACAGAAUGGCAACCCCAGUAUGUUUGGAAAUCUAACAGCACAGCCCCGGAGUAUGCAGCAGUCUCCAGCACAGCCUCUGAACUCAUCUCAGCCUAACCCACGUGCUCAAGUGCCUCCUCCGUUACUCUCCCCUCAGGUUCCAGUAUCAUUGCUGAAGUACGCACCAAACAAUGGGGGACUGAAUCCACUCUUUGGCCCACAACAGGUAGCCAUGUUGAACCAACUCUCCCAGCUUUCUCAGAUCUCCCAGUUACAACGAUUGCUGGCCCAGCAGAGGAAGGCGCAGAGUCAGAGAAACGGGUCCGCUGGUGGCCGUCAGCAGGAGCAGCAGAGUCGCUCUCUCAGUAUGCAGCAACAAAUGAUGCAACAGUCUUGUCAGCUUGAUCCAAAUCUGCUCAUGAAGCAGCAGCAGCAGCAGCAGCAGCAACUGCCUCCAUCGCCGCAGCAGCAGCAGCAGCUCCAUCAGAACACCAUGAAGUCUUUCCUGGAGAACGUUGUGCCUCAUGCCAACCUAGAGCUGCAGAAAGGGCCGUCACAAAUCAGCGCGUUCAGCAACUUCCCCAUAGGAUUGAACUCAAACUUGAAUGUAAAUAUGGACGUGGGCCACAGUAUUAAGGAGCCACAGUCCCGGCUGAGAAAGUGGACAGCAGUGGACAGUAUUUCCGCUAACACAUCGUUGGAUCAAAAUGCCAGCAAAAAUGGUGCUAUUUCAAGCGGCUUUAGGCUGGAGGAAACUUCCUUUGUUCCCUACGACUUCAUGAACAGCAGUAACUCACCAGCCAGUCCUCCUGGAUCGAUUGGGGACAGCUGGCCACGUGCCAAAUCACCUAAUGGUUCUAGCAGUGUCAAUUGGCCACCUGAGUUUCGCCCUGGUGAGCCGUGGAAAGGUUAUCCAAACAUUGACCCUGAAACUGACCCUUACAUCACUCCCGGCAGCGUCACAAACAAUCUGUCAAUUAACACUGUGCGGGAGGCUGACCAUCUCAGGGACAGGAACAGCGGGUCAUCCUCAUCUCUGAACACCACGCUGCCUUCAACUAGUGCCUGGUCAUCCAUUCGUGCCUCCAACUACAAUGUUUCCCUCAGCAGUACAGCACAAAGCACUUCUUCAGCCAGAAACAGUGACUCCAAAUCAACUUGGCCUCCUGCUUCCCUUAGCAACUCUUCUCUGGCUCAUGAGCUGUGGAAGGUCCCUUUGCCACCCAAGAGCGUCACUGCUCCAUCGCGCCCACCGCCAGGGCUGACUGGGCAGAAGCUGCCUCUGUCCACAUGGGAUAAUUCUGUGCGGCUUGGGGGUGGCUGGAGCAAUUCUGAUGCCAGAUAUACCCCUGGUUCCAGUUGGGGUGAGAGCAGCUCAGGGAGAAUAACCAACUGUCUUGUCCUGAAAAACCUGACGCCUCAGAUUGAUGGCUCCACCCUGCGGACGCUGUGCAUGCAGCAUGGGCCGCUGAUCACAUUCCACCUGAACCUUCCCUAUGGCAACGCUUUGGUCCGUUACAGUUCAAAAGAAGAGGUGAUGAAGGCACAGAAGUCUCUCCACAUGUGUGUCCUAGGGAACACUACGAUUCUUGCUGAGUUUGCCAGUGAAGAGGAGAUUAGCCGCUUUUUUGCACAAGGCCAGUCUCUCGCCCCCUCCCCUGCUUGGCAAUCUCUGGGCACCAGCCAGAGCCGCCUGGGGCCCGCGGAGGGCUCCCACGCAUUCUCCAACCGCAACGACCUAAACAAUCACUGGAAUGGUGCUGGGCUGUCUGGCACUAGCAGCGGAGACCUCCACGGCACAUCCCUUUGGGGGAGCCCGAACUAUUCCACCAGCCUCUGGGGUUCCCUAGGCAGCGGUGACACCAGGGGCCUGAGCAGCCCUUCCCCACUGAACGCGUUCCUCUCUGCCGACCAUCUCGGGGCAGCGGGGGAGUCCAUGUGACCUUGCUUUCCUCCUUCAGUGAAUGAAACUGUGACCUCAAAGCAGCACUAAAUCUGGACUCCCCCUCCCCCCCACCUGCAGCCUCCACCUGUGGAAAUGGUUACUUUGUGCACAUGUUCCCACUUUGUUUUAGCCCAAAAACAUACCAGUUUGAAUACUUGAAUCAUGCAAGCCAAUAAUAUAAUGUGAAAAGUUAAUAGAUUUACACUUUCAGAUAGUGCUACACAUAGUUUAAAGGAACAAACAAAAAGCCUACAUAGAAUCGGCUUGCUUUUACAUGUGACUCCCCCUCCCCAAUACUUAAGACAUUUUUGUGUGUGUGCAACUGGUUGAUAACGUUGGGAGUUUGAGCUUUUCUAGCUUUGCACAGACUCUGCCCUUUUCCCCGUCCCGCAAUGUUUGAGGUGGCGGCGGCAGCAGCAGCAGCAGCAGCGGCCCACGGGGAGCUCCUCUCCGCCUUGAUGCCUGCCUGCCCGGCCAGCCGCCAAGUGGCAGCCCGACGGCGCCCGACCCUUGCGUGCUGAGACUAACCUAGGGUUGAUUAUGAAUGAAAAAGUAUUUGUUCAUCAUGUGGAAUUAAACUAAAGAACGGAGCUCUGCGGUUUCUGAAACGGCCCACGCACGGCUGUGACUUGCGACCCUGCCUGUUUGCCAGGGCCGGGUCCUGCACUUUCAGUAGGCUUUUUGAUUUUUUGUUUUUCAGGGGCUCCUGUGUUGGGGCGCUGCCUUGUUUACAGAAAUCUUUCUUUCUUUCCUUUCUGUCUUCCUUUUUCUUUUGAAAAACAAUGUUUACUCUUCCAUCACUUAAAUAUUUUUUUAAAGACAAAAAAAUUGUGGGUGAUAAAGAUGCUUUCUUCUAUCUCUGGGAAAAAAACGAGCAGUGUUUGGCCAUGUUCCAUUUGUGUUUUUCUAUUCCCACCUCCUAAAUCUAAGAGCAUGGCUCUCAGGAAAACCAAGAUCCCCAGUAAAACUCCUUGUAGUUUCUUAUAGGGAAAUUAACUUUUAGCACUGAUUACUACUUGCUCUGUAAAACUACUUCUGCCAAAAAUUGCUUCAAAUCGCUGGAGUUUGACAUUCUUUGCUUUCCGAUGCUGUCUUUUUAAUAGUGUGGGGUGGGGAAGGGUGGGGCUUGGCUCUUAAUCUGUAGUUUCCCUCCAUUUUUGUAAAGUCCGCCCCUCAUCCCCGCCCUCGGCCGCGCUCUUCCUGCUCUUGUGACUGUGUUCCAUGUUUAACCUUAAAGCUGAAGUAACUAUGCAGACUGUAACCAAGGACUUGGACUUACAGAAUUUUGUUGUAUAGAUUUUAAAUGUUUAAAGUUCUUGCAAAUACUUUUCUUGUGAAAGUGUUAAAUCAUCUUCCUCUUUUUUGCCACAAAUGGUAUUAUUACCUGAUGCUUGUUUAGUUAGAGGAUAAAAGACUAAACAAGGAUAAAAAAAACACACAUUUAAUUGUGCCGAAAGACGCUCUCAUUUCAUUGCCUUGAUUCUAACUGUUGUGUCUGAAGAUGCAAAAGUCGUCAGUGGCUUUUUAACUGUUUACAAAUAGAGUGUGAUUGUAAAAUGUACAGUUUGAGUUGUGUUCGAAUUAUGAAGUUCCUCCAGAUAUUAAUAAAUCAUGACAUUUUUUGGCUGCUUA